ACAGCUUCGACUUUGAGGGCGACUCGGACUUUGACGCCUUUGACUGCGGAGGUUUUGCCUUUUAAAAGACGUGUUGGCAGCCCAUUCAAGCACGGGUUCGCCAACUUUUGGGGUCCAAUAUCAUCGCAAAGCCAAACAGAUACAAGCCUGAGACUACGGCUCAUGGACCCCCUGUGGAUUUCUUCUUAAUACCUUAUGAGUCGUAAAUGAAUGAUGGUCUACAUGCCAAUGCUCCUCAAGUUGGAUCUGGAGGCGUAUCUGUACCCCAUUGCUGCCUGAGCAGUUUUAUUGUGUCACAAUGGAGUUUCAAGGCUUCCUCUGUGAUGUUUACUGAAAGUUUAUCAGUUGAACAGAACAAAGAUUUCUAGAGGGGGAAGAAAACAAAGACAGCGCACUAGUUAUAAACAGAAAAAAACAAUAUAAAUAAAUCAUUACAUAUCACCAACAAAGCAACAUUAAAUGUAUAUUGCCAGGGGGGGAAGGGCUACACCCUGUGAGGAAGGACAGGACCAGAUAGGACAGGACAGGGACUGGAAAAGAUAGAAUGCGGCACAAGGGUCGGGAAUCUGGAUAUACAACCGAAAUGUGUUAGGAUUAACUAAGUAAAUCGUAAAAGUAUAACUGGUGGGACACAAAUGCAAUUUACAUAUUCCCAAGAUAUUUGCUGUAAGAAGUGAGUGGGCCCACACCCGUGAAAGAGUCCCAGGGGUGUGUACCAGCGGACACAUGCAAGUGCCUGCCCCACGGAGGCGGAGGACCCCACCCAAUCAAUCGAAAGUGGGCCCAGAAGAGAGCCAGCCAGUGUACAGCAUGCCAAGGGACCCAGGGCAGUCCAAUGGUGCUCCACCAACUGGCAAGCCCCCUUAAGCAGCCACACCCAAGACAAUCAGACCCCCGCACACACACACACACACACACACACACACACACCACACACACACACACACACACACACACACACACACACACACACACACACCUUCAAGAUCCACAAUGGGGUCAGAACGUCCACCAUUAGUUGGAAAGGAGGGUGGAUACACAACAAGAGAACGAUGAUGGUUGGGUGGACAGACUGAGGAACACUUAUGGACGCUGAGACUCGGAUUCACACUCCCAUUCAUGCCUAUUUAAAGUAUAUUUCGAGUCUUCAAUGAGCCUAACUCGUUUGUAUUUGGAAUGUGGGAGGAAGCUGCAGAAAACAAGUCAAGAUUUGAACCCAGGACCCAUCGACUGUGAAGCAAGAUGUGCUUGCUGCUCUCUACCAGCUGAGUGAAAGGUACGGGCCGGUGAUGAUGGUGCACUUGGGCUGGCAGCGCGCGGUGGUCCUGGUGGGCUACGAGGCCGUCAAAGAGGCUCUAGUGGACCAGGCGGAUGACUUCACCGGCAGAAUGCAGCUGCCAUUUCUCGUUAAAGCCACCAGGGGCUACGGUUUGGGCAUCAGCAACGGCGAUCGGUGGCGUCAGCUUCGACGUUUCACCCUGACCACCCUGCGGGAUUUUGGGAUGGGCCGCAAAGGCAUGGAGGCGUGGAUCCAAGAAGAGAGCAAGCACAUGAGAGGCCACAUUGAGACGUACAAAGCUGCGCCCUUUGACCCGUCCUUCCUGCUGAGCUGCUCUGUUUCCAACGUGAUUUGCUGCCUGGUGUUCGGUCAACGCUUUGACUAUGAGGACCCCGACUUCCUGCGGCUGCUCGCCAUCAUUUUCAAAAUACUCCAGUUUGUGGCCAGUCCUCUGGGGCAGAUGUACAACAUUUUUCCGUGGCUGAUCGAGCGCCUACCCGGUAGUCAGCACAAGGUUUUUGCAAACAUGGAGGUGGUGAGAUCUUUUAUCGAUCAGAAGAUCCAACAGCACCAGGACUCCUUGGAACCCGGCCCACCCCGGGACUUCAUCGACUGCUUCCUAAACCGUAUCCAACAGGAGAAGCACAACAAGACCACUGAAUUCUUCUACGAGAACCUGCAGGCCACAGUCAUGAAUCUCUUCAUGGCAGGAACCGAAACCACGAGCUCCACCAUCCGAUAUGCGCUCAGCAUCUUCAUCAAACAUCCUGAAGUACAAGAGAAAAUGCAGAAGGAGAUCGACGCCGUGAUUGGACGAGAGCGCUGCGUCAACAUGGAGGACAGGAAGUCCAUGCCUUUCACAGACGCCGUCAUCCACGAAGUGCAGCGCUUCUUGGACAUCGCCCCCUUCAGCCUGCCACACUACACCCUCCAUGACGUCUCCUUCCGAGGUUACACCAUUCCCAAGGACACCAUCGUCGUGCCCCUGUUGCACUCUGUGCUGAAAGAUGAGACGCAGUGGGCGGAUCCUCUGACCUUUGACCCACAACACUUCCUGGACCACAAUGGCAACUUUAAGAAGAACCCGUCGUUCAUGCCUUUUUCAUCAGGAAAAAGAGCUUGCGUUGGCGAGUCUCUGGCCCGCAUGGAACUGUUCAUCUUCCUGGUCUCACUGUUGCAACAUUUCAGCUUCUCCUGCCCGGGGGGUCCCGACAGCGUGGACCUGACCCCAGAGUACAGCACCUUCACCAACAUGCCUCGACGACACCAGCUCGUUGCCAUGCCACGAUGACACCUGCACCCA